AUGAAAGAAAACCCUACAGAAGUUGUACAGCUCCAGACACAGUCUACGAUGGGAGAAAAGAGGGAGCCCACUGCAGAAGAAAUUAGCCAUUCAGCCACACUUUCAGCCUUUAGUAACAAGCAGGAGUUUCCAUCAUUUUUACGCACUAUACCUGGCAACCAGUUUCAGAAGUAUGCAAUGGCACAGCUGGUGCGACUCUUUGGAUGGACAUUGGUUGGGAUUGUCGCAGCUGAUAAUGAAGUUGGAGAAACAGGGAGCCAGGAAAUCAAAAGAGAGAUAGAGGCAUCUGGUGGAUGCAUUGCUUUUUUGAUUAAGACACAUUCACUUUACUCUAGCCAAAAAAUUGCAAAUAUUGCUGAGAUAACCAAAAGAUCAACAGCAAAUGUUGUUAUUAUCCACAGCAAUGAAGUUUAUGCAAAGCCAUUACUGGAAAUGCUAUAUUUGCAGAAUGUCACAGGAAAAGUGUUUAUCUUUUCUGCAUCAUUUGUUAUUACCCUGGGCCUGUUUCACAAAGAAAUGUGGAAACUAUUUAAUGGUACUCUGGGUCUAGUUCCAAGUACAAGUGACAUGCCUGGAUUUCGGGAUUUCAUAUACAGUUUGCAUCCCUCUACAUCUCUAGGAGAUAUUUUUAUAAAAUUGUUUUGGCAACAAAUAUUUAAUUGUAAAUGGCCAGAAAAUAACACAUCUCAGACUGCAAUUAAAGAGAAUGAUAUGGAAACGUUAUUUUGCACAGGGUUGGAGAAGUUAGAGGAUCGAGCUGCUGAGCUGGAGUUAAAUGAUUUAAGUUGCACAUAUCAGUCCUACUUAGCUGCAAAAGCCCUGGCUCAUGCAUUCAAUAACAUGAUUUCAUGCAAGUCUAGUUAUGGGCCAUUCUUCAAUAGAUCUUGUUCUAGCCCUGACUACAUUCAGCCUUGGCAGGUACUACAUUAUGUUAAAAAUGUUCAUUUCUUUACCUCAUCCGAAGAAAUUCUGUUUGAUAGAAAUGGAGAUGCUGUGACGACAUAUGAUAUAAUUAACCUGAGAGUGCUUCCAGAAGGAAACUACACAUUCAAAAAAGUUGGUAAAAUCAAUCCUAGGACAGGUGCAGAAACUAACAUAAAUGCAACUACUAUAAGGUGGAAUGAAAAAUACUCUGGGGAUGAUGUCUCUGCUGCACAUCGUAGUGGAGAUUUUCAUUCGGUUAUGGUGAUGUCUGUACUGCUGCCAACCAUGAUUAUCGAUGAACUGAACAGCGAUCAAUUGAAAGAUUCAAAUGACUGCCAAAAGUGUUUAGAAGAUGAAUGGCCAAAUGAAGAGCAUGAUAAGUGCAUUCCCAAAAGCAUUGAGUUUCUGAUGUACGAAGAACCCUUGGGUGCUGUCUUGGCUACCACAGCAAUAAUCCUUUGCUUCAGCUCAGUUUCCAUCUUCUGCAUCUUUGUAAAGCAUCAAGAUACUCCAGUUGUCAGAGCAAAUAACCGUGAGCUCAGCUACCUUCUUCUACUUUCUCUCAUGCUGUGCUUCCUCUGUGCCUUGAUUUUUAUUGGCCACCCAGGAAAAGUAACAUGUCUACUUCGUCAGACUGUAUUUGGUGUGACAUUUUCCAUUUGUGUUUCUUCAGUUUUGGCUAAAACCAUUACUGUGGUCAUAGCUUUCAAAGCAACAAAUCCCAACAGUGUGCUGAGGAAGUGGAUGGGGCUGCAUAUUCCAUACUCUCUUGUUAUUUUCUGUCCCAUAAUGCAGAUUAUAAUAUGUGUUAUUUGGGUACUACAUUCUCCUCCAUACCCAGAAAUGAACAUAAAUUAUGCAGAUAGACAGAUUUCCAUAGAAUGCAAUGAAGGUCAUCCAGCAUUUUUUUACUGCAUGCUAGGUUACAUGGGAUUACUAGCAAUUGUAUCUUUCUUUGUGGCAUUUCUUGCAAGGAGACUACCCAGCACCUUUAAUGAGGCCAAAUACAUAACAUUCAGCAUGCUGGUUUAUGUGAGUGUUUGGUUGUCCUUCAUCCCAGCAUACCUGAGCAUAAAGGGUAAAUACAUGGUUGCUGUGGAGAUAUUUGCUAUCUUGACUUCAAGUGCUGGACUACUUGUCUGUAUUUUUUUGAGUAAAUGUUACAUCAUUUUGUUGAAACCCAGUGUCAAUACCAACGAACACUUAAUAGGAAAAAGAACUAUUAAGAAUGUGAUGCAAUAG